GUCGUAGUGAAUAUCUUACCAUUUGGGAGCAAGGAAGAAAGCAGUCGAGAAGCUUGCAAACAGUAAACAUCAAAGCCUGAGACACAAAAGCCAGAAAAUGGUUAACAACUUAGAAAAUGGCGUGAAUAUCUCAACUGUAAAAAGUAAGGACGAAUUGCCGAACUCGAUAAUAGUGACGCAAGUUCCUGAAGAGGUUUUCACGAAUCCAGAAUAUAAGCAGAAUUUCUGUCAACUAUUCACGCAGAUUGAGGAAGACAUCCACUUUGACUUUCUGAAAAGUUUCCGAAGGGUUCGUGUAAUUUUCAGCACUCCUGAAAGUGCGACAGCAGCAAAAUUAAUAGUUCAAGGAUUUUCUUUUCAUGGAUGUCAGCUGAAAGCAUUUUUGGCGCAGCGAGUAAUCCUUCGAAAAUCAUCAUCACUGCUCUCACCGCCACCGCUUGAGAAACAAUUUCUCAUAUCACCUCCAUGCUCGCCUCCAGUUGGAUGGUCACAAACAAAGGAAAUGGCGCCAGUAAUUUGCAACUUUGACUUGAUGGCUCGUUUGGCGUCGUUUGCUCUUGAAGACAAAUAUGAAGUUCACAACGGAGACAAGGAUACACCAGCCAUUAUUAUCCACCCCUGUGAAACGCCUCUUGAUGCACCGUCAAGCAUAGAGAUGCCCCGUACCCCACGGCCUUCAUCACCUGCUUAUUAGGAGGGAAUCGCUACAGUUUCUCAUUUUGAACAUUCUACUAAAAAGUUCUGCUGUAUUACAGAUACUGACCCCUUUCUCUACCUAGUCGUACCAUGCCAAAGAUAUUUGAUGCGCUCAUGAUGGAGCAAUUCAAGGUUCUCUUCAUUACAUCAGUACUCCAUCUUACUUUUCAGAUUUCAGUAAUUGUUUUCAAACUAGUCAAUUAGCUCGUAACAUACAAACAUUUCGCUACCUCACUAUGAGGUUGAUCAAGGGUCAGUACAUUAUUGCAUCGUUCCGCUCUCCUCGUCAUUGAUGCCGGUCUGUCGAGGUUAAGCAAUUGCGCGCUAUGUUUUUCCUCACAAAGUUUAUUUUUUUUGCAAUCUUAUGCUGCUAGCAUACAUUCUUGAUGCAAUUUUCUGGCAUCAUCUUUUGCGCCCAACUGAGAGUUUUCUUUUGGCGGAUUUCAACCGCUUCACUUACUCUAGCGGGACAUAUUUGACUUAAACGAUCGUAAUCUGUAUAGAUGUUGUCAAUUUCAACAUAAGCUUUAUUGUUAUACAUUUAUGGUGGUAAAAAAUAAAUAUUUGUUUGUUU